AUGCGUAUCAGUAUUACGCGUAGAAUUCGGGUUUGGUAUUUUUCAACAUUUGAUUUUUUCGCGCUCGCAGACUGUCAGCGUUCCGAUCUAAAAACGAUCGGCGUAUCAAGGGUAGAACAACUAUCAGUGAAUGGUUGCGUGGCGACGCUGGCACUCAAGUGCUUCGUUGAAAAAGAUGGUUUGGUCAUCGGCGUAUCAAGGGUAGACUUUGGGUCUAUCAGUGAAUGGUUGCGUGGCGACGCUGACACAAGUGCUUCGUUGAAAAAAAAUGGUUUGGUCAGUAGGCUUACUUCUUUGCAAUGGCCCGCCCCAUUGCCACCACGCAAUAACACUUCAGUUAUGUCUUCAGCAUCCAGCUGA